GAAGUACUGAUACUGAAUCAGGAAUCAACAUGCGGUUCAUGGGAAACCGCUAAUAGAGUUCGCAUACAACAAAGGAAGAAAAUUCGAACGUACAUGAGUUUUGUUAUUCCGUUCAUAGUAUUUGUCGGAUUAACUGUGUUUUAUGUCCUGAUUGUUUUCUCUAGUAAAUCUGAUGUAGGUAAUUCUUACCCUACGGAACAUGAGAGACGGACAAGUAUUAUAUCAAGUAUUGCGUUAUAUAUGAAUCAUGAUGAUUUUGUGCGUCAUUUGCAAUCGGAAAAUACUAUGAUUCCCGUAAUCGAUUCAUGUCAACACACGAUAAUCCCGACUCCUGUACCCAAUGAAGAAGCAUCUGAAUCCUGCAGAUAUUCGAAUAUUCUUUUAUGA